AUUCAUUCACUUCGCUUGCACAUCGUAUAUCGCAUUAUUUGCUUGUAAGCAGGUAUUAGACUAAAUCAAACUAUUUACGAUAUGUGUAAUUGUAAUAUAUUUUAUUGUAAAGAAGUAUGAUGCAGUCGACGACAGAGGAUUGCUUAAAUAUCGCCGAGUUGGCCAACCAGCUGACUCGAGAGAAGAUAUUUAUAAGUUCAGAAAGGCAGUUGCUGCAAAACCUUAAUGAGGAAGUGGAGAAGAGUGCCUUAGAAUUGCUACAGGCUGCCUGGAUAUGCUCUCAGCAACGACAGAAUCUCACGGACCUGAUAAACUCUCGGUGCGAGGCUGACUCGAUCGCGGCCUGCCAGAGAGCCAGCUCCCUAGAAGGCACCACCUUCGUAGACGUAUACAAAGUACUAAAAUACAAGGAAGCCUUAGCCCUCGGCGAACUGCUAGGAUGGCUGCGCGACUCCCCCCACCUCGUCUCCCUCUGCCUUCUCCUGGGGGAAGAACACAUGCCCCCCACUCUCCCGUGCGCGCUAGUGGCCGGGCUGUAUGGCAGCUGCCGUAUCCCGGCCGACCGGACGCGGCUGCUGGCAGUGAUACGGUCGCUGCUCAAACACCAACUAGCCACGUCGAGCGAUCCUAGGAAAUUGUUCCGCUCGGGAAAAUGUGCGCUGGCGUCGUUAUACGGCGUGUUCCGCGACGGGCACGCGCCGGCGCGGCAGUUCCUGGUGGCGGCGCUCAACGCGCCCGUCAUGGCGGCGCUGCACGAGGACGAGUUCUUCCUGGACAUCCACCCCGACCGCGCCAUGGAGCGAUUCUCUCCCCAAGACCGCGUAAAGAAGUUCGGCCAGUCCAACACAGCGGAAUACAACGCCAAAGUGGCGCGCUAUCGCAAAUGGAUCGUGCAGCGUCUGUUCCAGCUGACCAGCAAAUUCAUUACGUCGCUGCGCGAACAUUGGGCUAACUUCCCGGCGUCUAUAGCGUGGCUGAUACAGCAGAGCGUGCAUCUCAUCAAACAACAUUCGCGAAUACCAGAGAGCGAGCUGCACGGCCUAUGCACGGACUUGGUACUCAACCACUUCAUCUGCCCCGCGAUCCUGAACCCCGAGGCGCACGGCGUGGUCGACGCGCCCGUGUCGUACAUAGCGCGCACUAAUCUCAUGCAGAUCGCGCAGAUUCUGCAGGUUCUGUGCCUCAGCAAGCACACCGAGGCGGACUCUAAACUCGCGGACCUGUACUCGUUGUUCCCCCGCUCGUGCGUGUGGUCGCUGGUGGAGGGGGUGUGCGGGGACGCGCUGGCGCCCCGCGCGCCCGCGCCGCCCGCCGACGCGGCGGCGCCCCGCACCGACGCCCCGUGCGCGCCCGCCACCGCGCUCUACUCGCAGCAGGACCUGCAUCACCUAAUAACAUUCCUGAAGAGGAUAUCGUCAAAACUGAACAACAAUACGCCGAGCGUGACGUCGGAGGAAAUGUCGAGCGGCUCGGGGCCCGCCGACGCUGCUGCUUAUAGUGAAUCCGGCAGCGAUACGUCCACCUCAGACGCGUGCGCGUCCAGCCUAGCCGCCCUCCUGCAGACCAUGGAGCCCAACUACCGCAGCAGGCUGCACGACCUGCUCAGGAAGAUGCCGGACUUGAGCAAGCCGAGACAAUCUCCGCCUCAACCCGCAGACGCGGCAGAGACGCAAAAGAAGAGUAUUCUGGCGAAAGUGCCUAAACCCCGGCUGCCUCGCAGUGGCAGCUCGAACACCUCACUCGCGACCGAAACGUCAGAACCAGAGCUCGAGGUGUACGUCAUACAGAUGGCUCGGCAGGAUGAGAGCGACUACGUCGGCCUGGUGCCCGAGUCGAAGGUGCUGGAGUGCUACUGCGGGGGCUCGGAGGGCGACGCGGAGGACGCGGGCUCCGCGCUGGCUGCCGCGCCCGGCGCCCCCGUGCAGAAGCGGACGAGAUUCUCAGUGUCGCACGACGAGGUGUCGCUAGGCAACACGUCGGACAACUUGGAAGCUGUGUCGGAGGCAGCCUCCAACCACAGCGUCACCUCCAGCUUGGAGCUGGAGACGGAAGACCAGAACGACAACCUGUCCGAUAUGGUAUCGGCCAACGUGAGCGGCCGCGGCAGCCCCAACAUCUCUGGCCGGGAGACGCCAUCUUCCCAAGUCACAGACGGGGACGCGGCGGGCGAGCCGGCGAGACGGUUGCCGCAAAACGUGCCCGUGAGCCAGGCGAACAGCGCGCAGGCCAAGCUGCUCAAGCAGACCAGGAACGAUAUCGAGGACAAGUUCUGCAAGUUCGAGAUCAAGAAACUGCUGGAAGGCGAUGAGACUGUCAGCAUAAUGUCGGACACGUGGAGCACGGAUGUGCUGGCCUCCGACUCGGAGACCAUCGGCGACUCCUGCGACCACACGCUGGUCGCCGUCAACCAGAACAUAGUGGCGAACACAAACGCGCCGGACGUGUCCGAGACGGCGAGCGAGUCCGCGUGGUCCAUGGACGUUCUCGCCUCGGACAGCGAUAGGAACACAGAGGUGGACACGGACGACUGCGUGUCGGUCGCGGCACGUUCAGACACGUCUUGGCCGAGGAGGCUUUCGCAGCAGGAGGAGCAAGUGCCGAUCAAACAAAAUCAGCAGAACGGCGCUUACAAGAAACCGGACGUGGGCAACAGCCCGAAGCACACGCCGCGCCCCUACCAACCGAACAGGUCCGGCAGCGGAUACCUAAGCGCCACGGCGCAACUGUCGCGCGGCGCAGAGCUGGACCUGGGUUCCACCGCCGCACCCAUGUACCCAGAGAACAGGAAGAGCAUACUCGUCAAUGGAUAUCCCGUGAUGACUUGCUACGCCACGUCGGCGCCCGAGAGCCCCGGGGCUGCCGCGCCGGCGCCCCUGCCCAGCGUGUUUGACUACGGUCGUCAGAACGGCGAAACAAGCCAAUCCGAGUCGACGCUGGAAGGCGCGGCCAACAGCCAGUCGGACGCGACCAGCCAAUGGGUGGACGACUCGUUUCCCCCUCCCCACCACUCGCCCGAGCGGCCGUUCCCGCCCUGCAAGUACGACAUGCCCAGCACGUCCAAGACAUACGAUGAGAACGAUAGUAUGGACAGAUCUCUGAACUCCAGCGAGAGCUCGUUCAACGCUCUCUCCGUCUCCCAGUACGACCGCCGCUUCGACUCUGGCAUCGACACGGAACGCAACGAGGACCGCUCGGCCAUCACCGACCUCAUGACGAGGAUGUCGUCCGCCACCAUAUCCACCUCGGCUAACCUGGUCAACAAUGUGUCCAGGAUCGUGAAGUCGGAGAUACGGACCAGUAUUGUCAGCAUAUCGUCUUCUAGGAUCGAAAAGAAGCGCGAUACAUCGAACAUGUCCCUAAGCACGCUCUCGGUCAACAGCGAGACGUCAGUGUCCGACCGUAGCUCGAGCCAGGACGUCAACUCCGAGAACGUGACGGAACGGCGAGUCAGCCCCCCGCCCGUCAAGCCCGCGUCCACCGGGGCUAUACCUAAGAGCAUCAGCUUUGAUGCUACAGCUGAGAAGAGUCAGAGACGGCGUAUUACCGAAGACAGUCUCGUGGGCAACCUGGACGAGCUGAAGAACAACGUGAAGCGCUCCGGCGGCAACCUGCUGCACAAGAUCAAGAUGUUCAGCCGGCCCAAGGGCCGCUCGCACCAGCACCCGAACGACAUAAAACUGGCGGAAGAGGAAGCUCUCCGCGAGGAGGCGCCGCGCGCCGAGCCGGCCGAGAGCUCGGACGACAUCCUCGCCAAGUACCGGCGCAAGAGCUCCGGGGACUCGCGGCGGCGCGCCCAGCGGCGCGUCUCCGACGUGCCCGACAUCGCCGACAGAUGCGAAGGAGUACUGGAUCUCAACGACCCCGAGGUGUUCAACAGUAUGAAGAAGAAACUACGACUCGUGCUGUCUAACCCUGAACUGUUGUGUACAGAAUACGUGCCCAAUCGCUGCACAAGCACAUCCCUAGUGGAAUGGAUGCGAGCCGCCGCCGCGGCCGCCUCCGAAACCGGCGCGUCCGCUCAAGCGGCCGAAGUGGCUCGAGCCUUAGCGGCGUCGGGCGCACGCUGCGAGCGACUAGCGGCGGCUUUGCGCGCAGAUCUAGACGCAAGACGGCCGUAUGCCAAGUAUUUGGCUAGCUGCCGGGCUGCGUUGACGCAUACGCUUCACGCUCUCAGACGGCAAACCAACCAAGUCCGCGCGGAGUGCAGCUCGUGCGCGCGCGCCGCCGCGGCCGCGCGCGUGCUGCAGCAGCUGGAGCGCGGCAACUCGCUGCGCCGGCUCGCGCGGCACCACUCCGCGCACAACAACCACGCCACACUCAAUGGAGGAGAGCUGAUGGACGAGAAGGCGAAAAGACUGAUGGCCAACAUUAAGACCCUCAUCGCCGAGGUGAAGGCGGAUCCCUCGUGGGAAGGAGCGCCGGCAACGUCAAUAGAGGUGCUGGAGUUGACCGUCGAGCGCGCCGCGUUCGCGCGUCUAUACCUGAACGUGCUGUUUCCUAUCGGCGACGGCGACUACGGCCGCGACCAAGUGCUGUCGGAGCACAUACGGCGGCUCGGCGCGGGCAUGACGGCGUCGCGCGCGGGCGUGAGCGCGCGCCACCUGUGGGCGGCGCCGUACGCGCGCGCGCAGCUGCUGCUCACGCACCUGCCCGUCUACCGGACCCCGAGGGACAAGCUGCAGUGCGUCAUGCGGUGCGUCACUUGCGUCAUGGCGGUGCUCGGGCUCACGGAGGGCUCGGCGCCGUCCGCUGACGACCUCACGCCCGUCCUAGUGUUUAUUAUACUCAAGGUCAACCCGCCCUCCCUUCUGUCGACGAUCGAUUUCGUCAACUCGCUGGGCGGCGCGGCGCUGCAGGGCCCCGCGCUGUACUGGUGGACGCAUUUCUGCUCCGCCGUCGCGUACAUCAAGACUAUGGAGUACGGGGACUCCUAGCCCGCUGUUCGGCCCCAGAAUGGGCGUGGGAAGAAAUCAAAAAGGCAGUGGUAUCCCGUUUUACGUAGAGAAAGGCCUCACACUAUAUGAUUAUUAUAGCAACGUUUGCUUACUCGCAACAGUGACACAAUGUAUGUACUCUGGCUACUUACGACGGCCGAAUGCAUCGGCUAGCGACAGUUAUGUAUCAAGUUAUAUACUUACAACUCUGGUUAUUUUUUGAAAAAUAAUUAUCAACUAAUAUUAUGCCUAAGUCUGGUGUACCCGUAAAUUAUUGAAAAAAUCCCUUACAUCACUGACAACAUGUCCAUCGCAAGUGCAUACAUUAUAGUCUGUAUCUUUAGGUAUUUAAAUAAAAGUAAGCAAACAAUUUGUAAAUUAUCGGGUAGUUAUAAGGUUAUAACAUUUAUUGGUUAACCGACCAAAUACGCCAAAACCGCCUGGAUCAGACUGAACGACAUGACUUUAACCUACAUUAUUUGAUCAUGUAAUGUUUUCAUCUACCCUCAACUGGCUUAAUGAGCCAGUUGAAGGUAGAAUUUGUUUACUUUUAUUUAAAUAUCUAAAGAUACAGAGUAUAGUUAAGCUAUUGUAAGUAGACCAGAGUACUUUUGUGUAUCAUUUUAGUGCACUCGUGUGUAAUUGAAUAGGUAGGAAAAAGUGAUGAUUCGGUAACUGGGACGACAACUGCAUUUAACCGAUUUUUUGUAGUUUAAAUUGCUCUUGUUUGAUGACUAAUUAAUAUAAGUGUAACCAUUAAGUUAUUAUGUUUUGUGAAGUUUUUUUAAUAUAAAAUCAUUAUUUUUGUUAUGGCGAAAUCGAAAUAUGGCCGGGAAUAUUUUCCUAUUGAAUGUAAAUUAAAUUCAUCAAUAAAUCAAAGAAUUAUGUUACUGUUAUAAAUCAAAUCUAUUUAAUUUCGUGCCAGUUCCCAUGUCGUCACAUGAGAGCGGUCAAGAGCGAGAGAGGCGUACUCUCAAAAUGGCAGUCCCUCUCGCACUCUAGUAUUAAAACACCAUGUUGAUCACGAAAUAAAUUGCUACAACUAAAAAGUUACAAUUAAGAAAAUGACAAUAUGGCGGGCCGGCGGCAUUGGCAACCGUAAAUAAUAAAAAACUUUUAAUGACCGCCAAUAAUUUAUAAAACCUUUUUUUCUAUGUAUAAUAUGAUCCUGAUAUGAUUUCCACUCUGUAACUAAUUUUUGACUUUUGUAAAUGACUAAUUUUCGUAACACAGCGGAAACAAUUAUAUUGUGGUCGAAUUAAGGCUCAAUACAGUUCUUAACCUUUUGAAUGCCAAACGGCGCAUCCAUUUGUCGUGCCACUGACGCCACGGGGGUAAAAUUUAGUUUUGUGAAUAAAUUAUCUACCCUAAAAGUGGGGUGUUUUUCAGUAUAUUUUCUUCAAAAUACGAUCGAUGUCAAAUGCUGUCAUUGGCGUCGUUGUCACGAUUUUGUGUUAACGUCAAUUGCCGUCUGUGGCGUCAAAAGGUUAAACAACUAGAGUGGCGGAAAAAUUAAUGUUUGAUUAAUUUAUAUAACAUAAAACUAAACUUAACCAUGGCACCGAGAAAAAGAAAAAGUUUUAACACCUGACAAAAGUCAUAUUGGCUCGAAUAUUUUAUAAAAAGCGUCUCGAAAGCGAAAGUUGAUUUUAGACGGAGCUUCUUAGUCGUAGCAAAUUGUUUUAAAUAUUUUGUUAUAAUAUAACUGUAGGCAAUAAUUAUGAAAUUAGAUUAGAAAAUUGUUGAUUAUUAUGAAUUAUGAAUAUGACUCAGUUAUGCCAUAGAAAAAAAACGGUUAUACUAAUUACUUGGUUAAGAUAAAAUAUGAUGAAUCAAAUGAAAUGCAACCUUGUUCCAAUCGAAAAUGAUUUAAAUUACAUUGCAGUAAUUAGUAACAGCUCCAACGUGUUACUAAUUUACUGCAAUGAAUUACGAGGCGAGGGUCGUGUUAUGGGCGCCCGAUACAUUUGAGCCUCUGCGUAUGAAGAUACAGAUGUAGUGCAUAAUUGUUUUCCAUCGUAUUUUCUCGGAAACCUUCGUAUUUGUCAUGCUACUUCAGUCAACCUCAGUACUUUUUGUGUCGAGACUGAAUGAAAUAGCAAGACACGUUCGCAAGUUUCCGUGAAAAUACGAUGGAAAAUAAUUAUGCACUGCACCUGAAGGUACUUAUCAUUAAUUAACGUCAUUUAGGGCCGGUUGCACCAAACUGUUCGUAUCGUUAAAGAGUUCGCUAAAUUUUUAUGUAUGGAAAGUUUCAUAGUAAAGGCGCGGGGCGCGCCGGCUGACGUUGAUCAGUCUGUCAAAUGUGGUUGGUGCAACUGGUCCUAAGACAUUCGUGUUACAAAUCUCACGACGGUAGUUAAAAAGUUUGGAUGGAAGCGAUUGUAUUUAAUAUGAAAGUAUUUGUUGCUUUUUUAUAACUACUCUUUCUGCUAUCCAUAAAUAGUUAUUUGAUUAACCAGGUUGGUAACAAGUUGUUGUUUAACCUGUCGUGCUAAUAUUGAUACCCGAGCAAGGGAAAGAUUCCAAACUUAAACCACGAGCGUAACGAAUCUUGAGCGUGGCGAGGGUUUCGAGGCACGAGAGUUAAACAAAUUUUGCCACCGAGUGAAACAAAAAUUUUCACCACACCAACGCGAGGAACUUGCUUACUGAAAAAUAUCAUACAAAUUCAAAUCCAAAUGAACGUUAUUAAAUAUUUAUCAUUCAAAUUCAUAAUUUAAAAGUCAAUUAUACCAGCCCACAUAAGGAAACCACUUAAAAAUUAGCAUUUGAUUACUUUGCCACACAUGUGGAUAAAAUGCAACUUUCUCAUUAGUUUAUGAACAAUCAAGAGAGCCUUUACCAGCUGGUGUGGCGAAAAGGUGUUUGUUUAUCGCGGCCGCGACUAGACUAAUAUACGAUUCCUACUACCGGAGGGCAAACCCGUAGCGCACCUUACUAAACUUACUACUUAUAGCAGUUACAUCCGGACAUUAUAUACAUUUAAGGCCCCGUGGGUCCAGGGUCUACUCUCACGGGGCGUAAGCGUGAGCGAGAUGGCUGUGCGUGCCCGGGAUCGCAGAUAAUUUUGAUUUUAUUAAAGCUUUAAAAAAUAAAAAGUAAUUGAUGAGUUCUAUCAAUAAUAAAACUGCACAUUUUUAGAAGCAAUUUUCGUAUUUUUAGGUUUUGUGCAAUAAUGAAUUACAAAUUUUUAAGAGUCGUUUUAGACCCAUGUUUGUAAUUUUUUUUAUCGAGCGAUGGUCAAUAAAUCAGGUUUCGAAUCGAAGAAGUUGCUAGAGAAAGGCCGCAAGAUUGCUUAUUACAAUUUUUGGCAACCGUAUUGUGACCUAAAAAAGCGCUACGAUGUUUUAAAAAAUCUUCCGGAUGAACCUACUACACCUUAAAUAUGAAAUGUAACAGAAUCUUUCCUAAAUUUAGUAGAGUGCGCCCGGAUCCGCCUAGUCCUAGUUGGUUUGAUAGUAGGGGUACAGUCGCCAUCAGAUAUAUCGGAGCAGCCAAGGUGUUCACAAUAUCUGAACAUACACUCUAACGCCCUGACAAUAGAGUCGUGUUCAGAUAUAUGUGAGCGCUUUAGCCGCUCCGAUGUAUCUGAUGGCGACUGUACAUAACACUAAUUAUUGUAGAAUUGUAGAUACAUACAUAUUAAGCGAUAUACGUACUAAAAUGUAUAACAAACAUUUAUUCUUCUAUUUAGAUGUACUAAAGACUAUAUCACGCACCUGUACAUAUAUAUUUAUAUACGAAGAGAAGCUAUAUAUUAAGCAGGGGUUGUCGUACGCCAGAAAGAAGUCUAUAUUUCUAUCCCAAUCGGUUGUACGACGGUCCCUCUUGGGAAGAAAGAGAUAGAAAUCUAGGAAAUGUAUUUUUACUCGAAUGAUUUAUAAUCGGAAUGCCUUUUUGUUUGGCAGCAGGCAAGAUAUGAGUUCGUAGAAAAUAAUUACCUAUUUAUGAUUGACUGGCUCGUAUUUCACAACGACGCGAGCUCGAUAUGGCUUUCCUGCGGCGGUAGCACGGUCGCAUUUUUGUCGCUUAUCACCAUGCCUGUCACGUUCCAACAAGUAAGUGCAAAAGUGACGGAUAUUGUGACAGGCGAUAACAAAAGGACCAAUGCUGCGCCCGCUGAUGUGCAAGAAAGAAAUGAAACAGCAAUAUUACCUACCAAUAUGCAAAUUUGCCCAUGCGGUCAAUAUUUAUGUAAUCGCGCGGCGUCCGCACGCUUACAUUGCAAUGAUUUAGGCACGUGUGAGGACCGAUUGGCCCAGACCAGAGGGCCUACCGGGUGUAUUCCCAUUUGUCCACACCGGGCACAGAUGGGAUCAGGUAGGUCAUAUGAUUUAUCUCCAUUUGUUCUUGCCUCGUGUAUGGUGGUCACGUGGGGGGUGGACAUUAGUGGACAAAUGAAAAUACACCGCCUACGGCGAACUAUUUCGUUGAAAAUCUGUACAAUUUUUUAUGUGUAUACAAUGAAAACAUUUUUAUUCCUAACUAUUCCAGAAUAUUGUCCUCAGAACAAUAUCUUGUGCACCCUGGUUUGCCCGAAAUAAGGAAAUACAUGACUACCUACAUAUACCAACCAUCAAGGAGGAAAUAAAUAGCUACUCAAAGAAAUAUAAAGAAAGGCUAACAAACCAUGAGAACGAACUUGCCCGAGACCUAUUAAACGACACCGAUAACAUCACAAGACUCAAAAGGUGGCAGAUCUUGGAACUAGACCAGAGAGAAUAAUCCACCCUCUCUCUUCACAUAAAAGGAAUGGUGGUUAAUGGACCACCACCUUGAAAAAGAAAUGUAUAGAUACAUACAAUCUGAUUAUGGCUAAGAAAGCCGAUGGCAGAUAAAAGUAGAGAGAAAAAAAAAAUCCUAACUAUUCCUUUAAUUAUGUGAGUUUAUUUAUAUUUCAUUUAUUUAAUAUAUGUGAAUAUCGUCUCCUUUGUGAUUAAACGUGGGCACAAGAUGCAGUGGUAUUGCAUUACAAUAAGAGGUGGACACAUGAACUUCAGAUCUUGCCUUUUGUUAGAUGUAUAUAUUAUGUAUUGCUAAUUAGAGUAAUAUUAUGUAAUCCGGGCAAUGAAUUACCAAUAUUUAGUAAUAAAUAAUCAUGUUUCAA